UGUGCAAGACAUGUGUAUGCAAAUUUCAGAAAGGUCUUCAGUGGUAUAGAGUUCAAGAAUAUGUUUUGGACAGUUGCCAAGUCAACUGUUGAAGGAGACUUCAAAUUGAAUAUGGAGAAGAUCAGAGAAGUCAAUCAUGCUGCUUAUGAUCAUUUGAUGGCAAGGGAGCCUAAAUCUUGGUGCAUGGCAUUUUUUAAAGGUGGAAUGGCAUGUGAGGCUGUUGAAAAUGCAAUGGCAGAGUGUUUUAAUGCCAUCAUACUUGAUGCCAGAAAGAAGCCUUUGAUGGCCAUGCUUGAGGAGAUUAGACUAUAUAUGAUGGAAAGGUUAUUUAACUUGAAGCAAGAAGCACGUAAAUGGGUGAAUAAUGUGUGUCCAGGAGCUAUUAAGAAAAUGGAUGAGUUUGCUUUUGAUAUCAAGAGUUGGUAUGUUCAUCCUAGUGGUUUGAAUGCUUUUAAAGUGAGAAAUGGCUUCCACUCAUAUGGAGUGAACUUAGAGGGGAUGUAUUGUACAUGCAGACUUUGGGAGUUAUCUGGGAUCCCCUGUGUCCAUGCCCAAGCAACCAUAAUUUACACACAACAGGAUCCAGCUAGAUUCAUCAGCACAUGGUUUGGUAAGGACAAGUUCUUAGCUACUUAUGAGUCUAACAUCCUUCCUGUUAAUGGCAGUAAUAUGUGGGAACCAACACCUUACACCAAACCACUACCACCUAUUGAAAGAAGGAUGCCAGGAAGGCCUUGUAUGAAAAGGAAAAGGCAUGUCUCUGAGCAUCAAGACAGGUUUUCCCAAGUCUCCUCUAAGGGUAGAACUGUCCAAUGUCAGAAUUGUAUGCAAACGAGGCACAAUAAACUGUCUUGCAAGAAUCCCUCAGUCCAACCAACACCAAAGCCUAAGAAGAAAAUAGGAAGGCCAAGGUUGAAUCCAUAAUUGACCAAUUGCACUAGA